GUGAAAUAUUCCACCUUAUCCGUUUUCUUGAGGCCGUCCCGGAGCCAAUUUUUCUUCAUUUCUAACCAUCUUCGCCGACAACGACCCGGCGGGCGUUACAUUAAGAAGCCCUUCCAGGACGUUUCCCGUUGAUCUACUACCGUCCUGAUUGCCGAGUCUUGUCGCAGCCGCAUCGAUGACGAGCACUUUCUCAUUUUUUAAGGCCGCCUCUAGGUGGUCGAAAAACCACAAAUUUUUUUUGACCAGUUUUGGUGUGUUAGCUGGUGGUGGUAGUUCCCUAAUUUAUGCACUUGAACAGUCAAUUCAUGCUUCUAAUGAUGCAGCUCAUGUGGCUAAACAAAAAUGGAAUCAUAACGGAUGGUUUGAUACUUUAGACCAUGCAAGUGUCCGCCGAGGCUGGGAAGUUUACAAAAAUGUUUGUGCAGCAUGUCAUAGCAUUGAAUACUUGGCAUAUCGUGAGUUAGUCGGAGUAUGUUUGACCGAAGAUGAAGCCAAAGCUGAAGCUGCGGAACAACUGAUUGAUGACGGACCUGAUGAAACCGGUGCCAUGUUCAAAAGACCUGGAAAAUUGUCGGAUUUGUUACCAAAACCUUAUCCAAAUGAAGAAGCUGCUCGUUAUGCUAAUGGUGGUGCAUACCCACCAGAUUUGACUUACAUUACACAAGCUAGAAUAGAUGGAGAGAAUUACAUCUUUGCUUUGUUAACUGGUUACAUGGAUCCACCCGCAGGAGUUACAUUAGCAGAAAAUCAACACUAUAAUCCAUACUUCCCUGGAGGUGCUAUUGGAAUGGCUCAAGCUUUGUAUGAUGAGAUUAUCGAAUAUAGUGAUGGAACUCCAGCUACACAGAGUCAGUGUGCGAAAGAUGUUAUCACAUUCUUAAAAUGGUGUGCAGAACCAGAACAUGAUACUAGAAAAUUAUUUGCCAUGAAAGCAUUUACUAUCUUAGGAGUGCUCAACUUGGUAGUUUGGUACCUGCAUAGACAUUAUUGGUCAGUGUUGAAGAAUCGAAAGAUUUUACGAAGCCCAUUGUUCAAAAAGUAAACGGUCCUAAGAUAGUAGUAAAACUUAUGAUAUUCAUUUUUGUUUAAACAUCCUAUGUUGAUUUUAUUGUUCAAGUUCUGUCUAAAAAUAUUCAAUUUUUAUAAGUUAACUUCUACAAUAAAAUUUGUGAAAUUGUUUAUCAAAAAACUAA